AGCGACAAGAACGAUCAUAUCGGGAGCGACAACUCAAGAGUUUCUCACAAACCUCCAGAAGGAUUUCCUCAUCUCAAGUUUACAUUUGUUUGGAUUUUCCUGCUUGGUUUUUGGGAAACAAUGAUGUUUACCUCUUUCAACACGGAGUGCGAUUCCUCCCGCUGCAGCACCGCUUCACCGUCCGGGGACUACUUUCCGUCCCCAGCAGGAUCUUACUCCAGCAUGGGAUCUCCCCAGUCUCAGGAUUUCACUGACCUGACAGCAUCAAGUGCCUCCUUCAUCCCCACUGUCACAGCCAUUUCAACAAGCCCGGAUCUGCAGUGGAUGGUGCAGCCUUUGAUCUCCUCGGUGGCCCCCUCUCACAGGGCUCACCCCUACAGCUCAAGCCCCAGCCCCGCGUACUCCAGACCAGGCAUGAGGUCUGCAUCCAAGCCUCAUAACUCUAACAAGAGAGGCAGAGUGGAGCAGGUGACACCUGAGGAGGAGGAGAAGAGAAGAAUUCGCAGAGAGAGAAAUAAGCAGGCAGCUGCAAAAUGCCGCAACAGGAGGAGAGAGCUUACAGAUACACUGCAAGCUGAAACUGAUCAGCUUGAGGAUGAGAAGUCCAACCUGCAGAAUGAUAUUGCUAAUCUUCUGAAGGAGAAAGAAAGGCUUGAGUUCAUUCUGGCUGCUCAUCAGCCCAUCUGCAAAAUCCCCUCAGAGCUGGACAGUGACUUCACCGUGGUCUCCAUAUCUCCUGUUCACCCCUGCCUCGCCACUGCUGUGUCCUCCCAGGCAGAGACCACCAUCCCGAACACAACCACUAUCGCUUCCAGCCAGCCAACCUUUACUUCAACCUCCAACUCCAUCUUCUCCUGCAGCAGCAGCUCCGUCCUCUCCACCGCCACCAUCUCCAGCAGCGCCGUCAAGAUGACAGACCUGGAGUCCUCUGUCCUGGAGGAGUCUCUGGAUCUGCUGGCAAAGACGGAGAUGGAAUCGGCGCGGUCAGUGCCAGAGGUUGACCUGUCCAACUCCCUUUACACAAAUCAGGACUGGGAGCCCCUUCACGCCACAGCCAAUAACGGUGACUUUGAGCCCCUGUGCACACCUGUAGUGACCUGCACACCGGCCUGCACCACCUACACGUCUUCAUUUGUGUUCAGCUUCCCAGAGGCAGAGACCUUCCCCACCUGUGGCAUCGCCCACAGGAGAGGAAGCAGCAGCAACGACCAGUCGUCUGAUUCUCUCAGCUCCCCGACCCUGCUGGCCCUUUAAAGACUUCCAAAAUAACAAUAAUACUUCCUAUCAAGCACAUUUUCUUAUGUGUAUGAGGCAGAUGUGCAGAUCACAGGGCUAUGGAAUGGACUUUAACCAGGAAGCAAAUUAUUUAUAAUUUUAUUCGCCUUUAUCUAUACUUGCCUAUUACACCAAUGUAGCAAGUUACAAAACGCAUGUUUCAACUAAUACCACCUAGUCGUUUUAUGAGUUAAUAUAUGAUUUUAUGGUGCUAGAUAACAAAACUUGUUGUAGUGUUGAUGUGUGUUCAGAGCAAUAGUUAUUAUUGAUCCAGUUUGUUUUCUGGUUGAUGGAGAGUAAUUGUGAACCAUUUGUGAAAGAAAAAAAAAAAAACUUAAAAUGAUGUGCUUUGUCUUAACCAUGAUGGUCUGAGUGGUCUAUUUUGAAGUUUUCUGUGAAAACAUUAGUGGUUUUAAUUUAUGAAAUUUAUUUUUUUACAGAGAGAGUAAAAAUGAAUGUUGUUUGUAAGAUAUGUAAAUAAACGAUAGUGAUAUUUAAAUUGAA